AUGGAGGUCGUGCAGGGAGCUGCAGGGGGACCCCAGUUGCUGCACUUGGAGGCUGGGGUCAUCGCUCUGCUGUUGACGGUUGUGGCUGUGUGCUCCCUGCCCUCCUUGAUGGAUUACUGGAGGCGAUGGAGGGUGAUGAAGCCGAUCCCGGGUAUCAGCCCCUGCUAUCCUGUGCUGGGAAAUGCUCUACUCUUGGAGCGGGAGGGAGAAGGUUUUUUUAAACAACUACAAGUUUACGUUGAAGAGUUCAGGAGUCUGCCAUUGUUCAAACUUUGGAUAGGACCGUUGCCUGUCAUGAUUUUGUAUCACCCUGACAGUGUGGAGGUUAUUCUGAGCAGUUCGAAACAUAUAGAAAAAUCGUACCUGUACAAAUUCCUGCAGCCGUGGCUGGGCACUGGACUUCUGACGAGUACUGGAGACAAGUGGCGGUCACGGAGGAAGAUGAUAACUCCCACAUUCCACUUCGCAAUCUUAACUGACUUUCUAGAGGUUAUGAAUGAACAAGGAGGUAUUUUGUUGGAGAAACUUGAGAAGCAUGUUGACAAGGAGCCAUUUGAUGUCUUUCUAGACAUAGCUUUGUGUGCCCUUGAUAUCAUCUGUGAAACAGCAAUGGGCAAGAAUGUGAGUGCUCAGGAGAAUAAAGACUCCGAGUAUGUUCGUGCUGUCUACAGGAUGAGUGAUCUAAUCCACGAGCGACAGAAGAGCCCUUGGCUGUGGCCUGAUCUUGUAUAUAUGCUGUUCAAGGAAGGAAGAGAGCAUGAGAGGAACCUCAAGAUCCUUCACAAUUUUACAGAUGCAGUCAUUGCAGAAAAAGCUGCAGAACUUGAAAACACCAAGCAAACAAAAUGUGAUACUGAUGGCAACUAUGAAGAAAGUGGCUCCAAAAAGAGAAAAGCUUUCCUGGACAUGCUGCUGAGUGCAACAGAUGAUGAAGGGAACAAAUUGAGCUACAGGGACAUUCGUGAGGAAGUGGAUACUUUCAUGUUUGAGGGCCAUGAUACAACAGCAGCUGCUAUGAACUGGGCCCUGUACUUACUUGGACAUAAUCCUGAAGCCCAGAAGAAGGUUCACAGAGAACUGGAUGAGGUGUUUGGCAACACUGAACGUCCUGUUACAGUGGACGAUUUGAAGAAGCUUCGAUACCUCGAGUGUGUUGUGAAAGAAGCCCUUCGGCUCUUCCCUUCAGUUCCGCUGUUUGCCCGUGCCUUGAGAGAGGAUUGCUGUAUUAGAGGAUAUCAGGUACCAAAAGGCACAAACGUUCUUGUCAUAACUUAUGCCCUGCAUAGAGACCCUGAGAUCUUCCCUGACCCGGAGGAGUUCAGGCCUGAGCGAUUCUUCCCUGAAAAUUGUAAGGGAAGGCACCCGUAUGCUUACGUGCCCUUCUCAGCUGGUCCCAGGAACUGCAUAGGUCAGCGCUUUGCACAAAUGGAGGAGAAAGCUCUUCUAGCCCUCAUCCUGCGGCGCUUUUGGGUGGACUCGUGUCAAAAGCCAGAAGAGCUUGGUAUAACUGGAGAACUGAUUCUUCGUCCAAAUAAAGGCAUCUGGAUUAAGCUGAAGAGGAGGCCAAACGCUGGAUCAGAAUGAAAGGAAAUUCAAGAUUUUAUUUCUCCAAAAACUUCCAAGCUAUUUAGGCUAAGAUAUGGUUUUUAAAUCAGAUAUUUUGAUGGCU